AUGGUGCUGCAGCCGAGGCGACACAGAUCCGAAUCCAGUGCCGAGCCAAACAAGUUGUUUGCGAGCCGAACUCCGACACCGGGGCGAAGAAGUUGUGUGCCACCGAGUCGAGUCUCGGUUGAUAGGGUGGUCGCGAAUUUCGGCGAAGACGAAUUCACCCUCUCCACGCCGAGGUGGUUCGUCCGAGGCGAGUUCGGUCCGACCGAGGUGGUUAGAUUCGAUCGAGGCGAGUUCGGUUCGACCGAGGUGGUCAGAUUCGACCGAGGCGAGUUCGGUUCGACCGAGGUGGUUAGCUCCGACGCCGACUUGAAACGCCGAGGCGGAGGUUAG